AUAUUCGCGGCGAGUAAGCGCAGGGCUACGGAUCGGAGCAAACGAAGAGCGGCGGUCAUUCAGAGCCCGACCAGCGUGCCGUGCACACUUCCAUCUCGGUUCGGUUUCGCGCUCAUUUCUCGCGCGAGAUCACUGUUAAAACGACGAUAAAAUAACGAGAAGCAGUAUAUUCGGCGGUUGUGCUACAAUUUAAUCAAAGAGCGGAAAAAGAGAGGGAAACAGCGACUUCGGAAGAGGAAUUCGCGCCAUGGCCGGCGUCUGAGAUCGAUCCUCCGAGUGCCUAGUGACAUAAGGCGCGAAUUUUUCUCUCUUUCCAGUUCUCUUCGACCUACAUCUCGGUGAUCUUGCAACGAGGAGCCGUGAAACAGAAAGAAUGUCAAAGUCAGGAAGCAUCAAAGAUGGUGAGAAAGGUCCUUACGACCCGAUUCCCAGCAGCGAAAAGGACAAUGACGAGAUCAAACUGGAAGCAAAAAUGUCGCUUCUCAACGGCGUCACCGUCAUUGUCGGUUCUAUCAUCGGUUCCGGCAUUUUUGUCAGUCCUACGGGCGUGCUCAAAUACACCGGAAGUGUGAACGCGAGUCUUCUCGUAUGGGGGGCAUCUGGAAUUUACUCCAUGAUAGGAGCUUACUGCUACGCCGAGCUUGGCUGUAUGAUAAGGAAAUCAGGAGCGGAUUAUGCGUACAUCAUGGAGACUUUUGGGCCUUUCCUGGCGUUUGUUAGACUAUGGGUUGAGUGUAUGAUAGUACGUCCUUGCAGCCAGGCCAUCGUGGCCUUGACUUUCAGUGUCUACGUCCUCAAACCGCUCUUCCCGGAUUGCACGCCACCAGAUGAUUCUGUAAGAAUGCUGGCCGCUUGCUGCAUAUGUAUUCUCGCUUUCAUAAAUUGCUGGGACGUCAAAUGGGCGACGAGAGUGCAGGAUAUUUUCACAUAUGCAAAACUGUUCGCGCUUUUUAUUAUAAUCUUCACGGGAGCCUAUCAGCUUUGCACUGGACACACGCAGUAUUUCACGUUCGAGAACACAAACACGGAAGUCACAUCUAUAGCCCUUAGCUUUUAUUCAGGCUUGUUCGCUUACAAUGGCUGGAACUACUUGAACUUCAUAAUUGAGGAAUUAAAGGAUCCCGUUAGAAAUCUACCGAAGGCAAUUGGCAUUUCGUGUGCUCUGGUUACGGUUGUCUACGUCUUCACGAACAUGGCCUUCUAUACGACGCUGAGCCCCGUCGAAGUGCUCGGCAGCGAAGCUGUGGCAGUGGCAUACGCAAACAGAUUGUUCGGUGUAAUGGCAUGGAUAAUACCAGUUUUUGUGGCUCUAUCUACGUUCGGUGCGGUCAAUGGUAUUUUACUCACGUCCUCACGACUCUUUUAUGCGGGUGCUUGCGAAGGUCAGAUGCCGGAGAUAUUGACGAUGAUCCAAAUUUCCAGGCUGACGCCCACUCCUGCCGUACUGUGCAUGGCACUACUCUCUAUGCUGUAUUUAUGCUCUUCCAACAUUUCCGCUCUCAUCAAUUACGUCGGCUUCGCCACUUGGUUGAGUAUAGGCGUAUCUGUGCUUUGCCUUCCAUGGCUCAGAUGGAGUCAGCCGAAUUUGCAGAGGCCAAUUAAGGUGAACCUCAUCUUUCCGGUCUUCUAUAUCUUAGCUACCCUCUUCGUUACCAUAGUUCCGAUGUAUGCCAGUCCCCGUGAAACAGGAUACGGUUGUUUGAUGAUACUUUCCUCAGUACCUGUCUAUUUCGUAUUCGUCGCGUGGAAGAACAAACCGAAAUUCUUCCAAAGAGUAGUUGUAAUAAUAACGAAGUGGCUGCAAAAGAUAAUGCUGGUGGUCGGCAAAUCGAAACCCGCUCAGGUGUAAUCAGUCAAGACGAGCCGAAUCGAGAUCGGAAGGAUGAUGACGAGCUCUCUUUGAAACAAAAACUCGGCGAGGAUUUUCGUCGAUCUUUGAACCGCAAUCGGUGACGAUAUCGGUUCAACAGAUCGAUUAUAUUUUUCUCUUGACUCUUUAAGGAUAAAAGAACGGCGUCUUAGGCAACAAGAGACAGCCAUAUUGUGUCAGGGCGCCGAAAGGAUAGGAAAAUGUCAAAAUCUCACGCGCAAGAAAAGAAGCGCAGCUCGUUUAAAUCUGGAUCUCAUCGUUGGCGGAUUCCCAUCAGGAUCCGCCUGCUCGAUUACAAAGUUUUGAAAUAAGGCUGUUGUCUCUCGUUCCACGGUGAAGAGAUAUACGCGAUAAUACGACAUUGCACGCUUUUAAAUUAAAUAUUUUUGCUUGAGAGCUUGCAAUGAGAGGAAUUUCGAGCUUUUAUAUAAAGAUAAGUUAAUUAAAUAAUCUUAAUAUCAUCAUUAAAUUGUAUUGUUGAUAUGGGAGAGAUAAUUACGAUAUAGAGUGACAUAAAUAUUACUUUUAUAAGCAACAGAUAACAUUCAAUUAUUCGAGUAACGAAAUAAGAUAAUUAUAAAGGAGAAAAAUGAAAAAAUUGAUUAUUCAGAUACUUUUGAAAUAUGUGACAACAUAAUUGAUCCUUCGCGUUAGAUAUCAAUGUCAUGUUAUUAGUAAAAAUGAUAAAAAU